UGUUGCAAGCUAAGAUACUCUUCUCUUGACAAGAACACAUCUUUCUGCCCCUCGGUUAUAUAGGAGUGGAAUCUUUGUUCCUGGCUGAGACUGGUGUGACUUGCCAGCUCACCUGCAGGUGUGACCUGUGCUGGAACGAGGAAGCGUGCAGUGUAAUUCCCUGCUCUGCCUAAUGUAUGGUUAAAUUGAUAGAAAAACACUGAGGAGGCUUAGACAUUCUAUUCCUCUGACAGCCUUCUACAAAUGCAAGCUAUUAAUGACCAUUGCCUUUAAUGGACAAAAACAGUACUGGCAAUUCCUUUGUGCUCUUUAUUUAAUGGCGUAACAAGCAAGCACAUUAGCUAUUUUUAUUCAUACAGCCAGACAUAGGCCAGUAUGGCAGAGCAGCUAUGAAAUGUCUGCAUAGCUAAGUGGGAACACAUCUGCUGUUGAGAACUAAAUCUUUUUCUUUUAGUUACAGUAUUUUGAGAGAGUUCCACUAGUGAUCGUCUGAUCUCUCUAUUUGACUGUGGUGUAGAUUUUCAAGAUUUUGCAUUAAAAUAGGCAGAACAUUCUUUUCAGUCCCCGACUUUGUCAACUGUUUCAGUCAACAAUGAAGAUGUAAUGCAAUCAGAGAUGUGGGUGGUGAAGGGAGAGCCUGCGCAGGUUAAAGGUUCGGUUCUUGUCCUUUCAGGAAGCUUCUUGACUAUCUGUUCUGACGUGCUGCUUAGUGACAGGCGCACAGAAGGAGCCGAGUACAGUGACAAUGUUAGCAAAUGCUAGUUUAGAGAGAUGCAGUGUUUGUUUGGGGGAUUUUUAAAUGCUGCUGAGUUCUGAAAUUAUAUUUUCAUCUUUUUUUUUUUCCCUCUGUUUCCUUUAUCUAUCUACUUUAGCAGAAAAAUGUCUUCCAUAGCUUGCCAGUUAGUGUGAAAAAAUUAAGGUUCCAGAUAAUAAAUAAUCUGAAUAUUUCAAAGCCGAGAGUAGGUUAUGGAUUGACUUGGGGGGUAGAGGAAGGUGAAGCUAAGCACUUCUUAUGGUUUUGAGGUGUGUGCAAGGUGAACAAAUAGUUAUCCUCUGUACUGACAUGUGAUCAUACAAAACAAAAAACUUCAUGCCUGUGGCGGAUGUUAGAGGUGCUAAGGAAAGAAAAAAAAACCAACAACAUUAAAUAAAUAGAUACUACUCUUUCCACAGUUAGAAAUUUGUCUUAUGCUGGAGUAGAUAUCAUGUUGUCACAUAUAUUAAUUAAUUUACUUAAUCAAAUUAUAAGGCAUGCUUACAAAACUCUUGUUUAUAUCCACCAAGUUAAGAUGUUUUUACUGAGUGCUUAAUGUUUGUUCCCAGUGAUGGUAUUGCUUCUUGGUGCAGCCAAAUAUUUUUCCUAGUUAUUUUCUUAGUUAUCACUUAUCUACCUGUUUUUUUCUUUUCUGUCUGUAUUGUCAAAGCGUGCAUGUGUAACUUCUUCCUUGGUAGGUCUCUCUCUUUUUCAGAUGUCAGUUGUUGCACCAAAAAGCUCAGCUGGAGAAGUGUACCUACUGGUAUAAAAUAGCGUUGCUGUUUUGAAGGGGUGGAUUGGGACACUUGUUGCAGAGAUCAUCUGCUUUGUAACGUUAAGGUGUUUCCUUCAGCUGGCCUUUGUAUGCAGACCACCUUUUGUCCUCUUCAGCCCAUUCAGAAUUUGACUCAAGUGUAGGCUCUCAGUCCAGUGUAAAGAUGAUGGUUGGGAGCAAAGGUAAAGAAUGAUGUAAUGCAGCGGCAGCCAGAAAGCAUCUUUUGUGAGAAUUGUGCAAUGGCUACUCCAGUCAUCUCCUGAUGAAUCAGAUGUGAAGGGUUGCUCUGUGGAAUGAGCCCUUUGUAACGGCACAUCAACUGGAAGCAGGAGGAGACAUUCAGCUGAAGAGCUCUUUCUGAAAAUGGGUUUAACUUUUCUUUUGCCAGUCACUACCAGCAUGACCUCAUACACUUCUAGUACAAUGCUGUGGCUAAGCCUUUGAGUACACAGCCAUUACAUCAUUGCAGCAAAUUAGAGAGGGAGGUGGUGAAAGAGGCCUCAUUGUUGUCAUGGCCGAUGAGAUGAUCAGCACUCAACUCAUUGUCGCCGAGAAGUUGGUGGCUUUGCUGGAGAGUGGUACUGAAAAAUUGCUGCUGAUUGACAGCCGCCCCUUUGUGGAAUACAAUACGUCCCACAUCUUGGAUGCCAUCAAUAUCAACUGCUCAAAGCUUAUGAAGCGGAGGCUGCAGCAGGACAAAGUUUUGAUUACAGAGCUCAUUCAGCAUUCAGCAAAACACAAGAUUGAAAUUGAUUGCAAGCAGGAAGUAGUAGUAUAUGACCAAAGCUCUAAAGAUGUGACCUCUCUCUCACCUGACUGCUUUCUUACUGUGCUCCUGGGCAAACUGGAGAAGAACUUCAUCUCUGUAUAUCUGCUUUCAGGUGGAUUUGCUGAAUUCUCCAGCUGUUUCCCUGGUCUCUGUGAAGGAAAAUCCACGCUUGUCCCUACUUGCAUUUCUCAACCCUGUCUACCAGUCUCUAACAUUGGCCCAACCAGGAUUCUGCCUCAUCUCUAUCUGGGGUGUCAGCGGGAUGUCCUCAACAAGGAGAUGAUCCAGCAGAAUGAUAUUGGAUAUGUACUAAAUGCCAGUAAUACUUGUCCAAAGCCCGAUUUCAUUCCAGAAUCCCAUUUUUUGAGAGUGCCUGUGAAUGACAGCUUUUGUGAGAAGAUUUUGCCUUGGUUGGAUAAAUCAGUUGAUUUUAUAGAAAAAGCAAAAGCAUCAAAUGGCCGUGUGUUAGUGCACUGCUUAGCUGGAAUAUCUCGUUCUGCCACAAUCGCUAUUGCAUACAUCAUGAAGAGAAUGGAUAUGUCCUUAGAUGAAGCUUACAGAUUUGUGAAAGAAAAAAGGCCGACCAUUUCUCCCAACUUCAACUUUCUGGGCCAGCUUUUGGACUUUGAGAAAAAAAUCAAGAACCAGAGCGGUCAGCCUGGACACAUCAGCAAGCUGAAACUUCUGCACUUGGAGAAAAGCGGCGAGCACGUGCUGGUGCCAGAGGGGGGGCAGAGCAGCCUCGCCACGAGUCAGCUCUGCAUCACUGCUACCUCAGAGAUCGUAGAACCGAAGCCCGCAGACCCCGGCAACAUGCCAUGCACUCACUUGCCCUCGCUGGAGGACAGCCCACUGGUACAGGGCAUAAAUGGGCUGCACGUCUCCCUAGAUAAGGUAGAAGACAGUAACCGGCUGAAGCGCUCCUUUUCACUGGAUAUCAAAUCUGUGUCCUACUCUGCCACUAGCAGCUGUGUGACUGCAUCAGUGCAGGGCUUCACCUCCUCCGAAGACACCCUGGAGUACUAUAAACAUGCAACAGCUUUAGAGGGAAGCAGCAAGCUGUGUCAGUUCUCCCCUGUGCAGGAGGUCUCAGAGCAGACCCCAGAAGCCAGCCCUGAUAAAGAGGAAGCAAACCCUCCAAAGAAGCCCCAGAAUGCCUGGCAGCUGGAUAACCAGAGCAAGCGGCACAUGGGGAGAUCCAGCAGCAGUGCAGUCACUCAGCGGGCGCUCCUGUACCCGCUGCACCGGAGCGGGAGCAUGGAAGACAACUACCGAACGAACUUCUUGUUUGGGCUCUCCACCAGCCAGCAGCACUUGGCGAAAUCUGCGGCUGGGCUGGGCCUCAAAGGCUGGCACUCAGACAUCUUGGCUCCUCAGACAUCAGCCCCAUCCCUUACCAACAGCUGGUACUUUGCAGCCGAGUCCUCACAUUUCUACUCUGCCUCUGCCAUCUAUGGGAACAGUGCUGCCUACUCUGCCUACAGCUGCAGCCAGCUGCCCACGGGCUGCGAGCAAGCCUGUGCUGUGCGCAGGAGGACGAAGCAGGGCAACCGCGGAGACUCCAGGAGGAGCUGGCACGAGGAGAGUUCUUUUGAAAAGCAGUUUAAACGCAGAAGCUGCCAGAUGGAGUUUGGGGAAAGCAUCAUAUCGGACAACAGAUCCAGAGAAGAACUGGGGAAGGUGGGCAGUCAGUCGAGCUUUUCGGGCAGCAUGGAAAUCAUUGAAGUGUCCUGAGGAGUGGUGGACUAGUGUGACUGUAGUGGAGGCGCUCCCCCUCCAGAUCCCUGCAGGUCUGAAAAGGACAAACCCUGUGCAGAAGGGGGAGGGAGGAGACAUGGAGCUUUGGUGGGAGCACAGUGACUAGAUUGAUAGAGCAAGGCAACAAGAGAACAUCCGCACGAGGAGACUGAGCCUACCAUUGGGGUCUUCUCCUCCCAUCCUGGAGAAGGGCAGAACAUUUCAAAGAUUUUCCCCUGACACAGGAAGCAAUUACGUGCAAUGGAUUGCACAUCCUUUCAAUGUUUUCAGAAAGGAAACUCUCUUGGUACCAGACCAUUUCUCUGCUUCCACUGAAACACGCUCCUACCCAUCAAAGCUAGUUUUAUUCUCCCCUCCUCAAGCCCCAAGUCCUCACCAGUGCACCUUAGCUCUGACGCUGAGCCAACCUCUGGAAGGAGACCUGAGGAGAAAGGAGGCUGGGAGUGAUUCCAAAGGAACUAGGGACUGGUUGCAGCAAGGCUGGUCUGAAAAGACAAUUCAGACAAAUGUAAAUACUGGUGUAACUAUUGUUCUAAUGGAUAGGCUUUAGGUGAUUUUCUAGAGAGCUGCUUCAGAGAAGAAACCAGUACCUCAAAAAUAUAACAAACUAGGGCUUUAUGGCUGCCGGAUGCCGGUAGUCAGUUGGUAAGCAAUGUGAACAAUAACAACUAGCCACGUUGGAUUUUUUUUAAAGCUGUCUACGCACAAGUGUUUCAGUUGGCCUAGCAGUAAUUCUUAAGACAAGUGAUCUGUAUUUGUGGCCAUUUCCCCCAUUCUUUUGAAACAUAAAAUAAGCAGUGUUUGUAUUUCUGCUAUUAAGCUGGCUUCUGGGAGAGGGACAGUUUGGCUUCUAAGCUGUAAUGGAGCAGUUACCACUUAAGAUGACAGAGAAGUGGCUAGUACAAUGCCACAAAGCCCUCUUCUGGACAAUUAACAAUUCAACAGAUGGCUCUAGAAAAAAGGGGUUGUAAGCUCCGGUGGGCUGGGGUUUUGUUCUGAACUGAGGGCUACCUUACAGGCCUGUUUUUCAUACCCUGCUCCAGUCUACGUGUGGGAUGAGAGUGAUUCGUGGUUUUGUUUUUUUUCCCCCCCACCAUCUUCACCCAGACUGAGGACUCUGAGGCAGAUGCCCGUUUCAGGUUUGCUGACUUCAUUUGAGAAAGAGAUCUGUUCAUGUGUCCAGGGAAUACAGAAAGGGGAACUCCAAAGUCCCAUCUCAUUAUGCAGUGGGAAAGAAACAAGAGUUUGAGAAGACAGCUUUAAUGGAAAGCCUGCUCACCUCCUGCACUUGCAGAUCCAAAGGAACUUCAGUUUUGGCUGCUGUCCUCUGUCCCAGCUUAGGGUCCUGGUUUCCCAGUGUGCUGAUGCAGAAUUUGGCUGCAAUUGACUCUAGUUGCUCUGCCACGGGCCAGCGUUCUGUUUUCUGAUCUCCACCAACCAAGAAUGUGCCAGGGUGAGGAGGUGUUUUUUCCCCACUGCCAGCGAGGUGUUUCAUGGGAGAUGAGGCACGGCCUCCUUGUGUUGUUUUUGACAGAGAACCAGCUGCUUCCCCUGCAGCGUGCCAUUCUUGUGGUAUGUCAGCUGCUGCUGUGCAUGCACAGCGCUGUGCCGAGCUGGCAGUGGGCAAGGAGUGGGAGCAGAUGCGCAGUGCAGAGCUCCGUCUUCCCCCUGGUGCUGGGAUGGAAGCUGCACAUGUGUUAGCUUGGGCUUCCCCGAGGCCCCACAGAACGCAGAUGUGGGGGGAAAUAUAUUGUUUUGUCCAAUUUCAGUGCAGGCGGCUGAAAACUGUAAAUCACAUGUAACAAAAACCUACCCCUGGCCAACAGCUUUAAAAAAAAAUUGUCUGCGGCAAACUGAAGCCCUAAUUCAAGUCAGCAGCUUGGGUGUUGUUUUUUUUUUACUGUAAGUUUAGCUAGUUUGUGACUCAAAUCUCAGGUUUUACUAUAUUGAAAAGCAGAGAAAAUCUCAUCUUUGUUUUGUGGCUAGGAUGUGACAGUUUCCUACAGCGGACUGUAUAAAAUAGCACUGAAAGCUACAGCAUUGAUUAACUUGAUCCUAAAUUGUGCAAAAGACACACAGAGAGGCAGCAAGAGGAUGGGCUGAACCUAGAGGCUGUGUUGGUGAGGUGUGUGAAGUGCCGGAAGAAGGGCAGCGCAGGCAAGGGCAGCCAACGCUGUGCUGUGAAGUAGGUCAGGCUGGAGCUGCUUGUUAAGCAUACUGCCACUUGGCUGUGUUUACAUAACGAGUGAAAGCAAUUACAUUAUGACUGUUUCCAGCAUAUAUACACACUGAGCGUGUAUAUAUACACAACCAUUUAGUUGUGCUCCUCUCAGGCAGAUUUCAGUAAAGAUCCAUGGCUUUCUUUGAUUUAAAUCACUUAAUGGGGUAAGCGCAAAUAAAUCCCUGCAGGCAGGAACAGAAUUUUCCUGGGUUUUGUGUUCUCAUGUGAGUGUCCCCACGCUCACAUGAGUGUGUAGAGAGUCCUAGUCUCUCUACACAUGCACAUAGGUAUGCUUCAGUUGUUGUGGGUGACUCCUUCUGAGGGACUGAAAUUGGGAUAUCUGGCUCCUAGGGAUUUCCAGUGUGCUGCAGUCACUGCAGGCAUCAAAGCUGUAGGCUCAGAGUGUUGGGGGACAGGUUCCUGUAGGAGGAAGCCGUAAAUCAAUAUCCUGUGCAGGGUGCUGCCCUAUUUCACUUCUCCAGUAGUGUACUGUACCUGAAUGAUGCUGGAAAUGGUUUUUAGAGGGGCAGAACGCAAAAUGGAGGGUGUAAGGGGGGAAUGUGUAUAUGUUCAAUAUGAAUAUAAUGAUCUUUGGUGUAUGGAAGGUGUUUAAAUGGUUCAGAGAGAUGUGAGUUUCUCAUAUUGUGUCAUGAGCAUUACCUGUAUGUUAUGAUGAAAUAAAAUCAUAAAUGGUACCUGUUUAUACAGAA